AACCUAUUUUUUGUUCCUUAAAAAAAAAAACCUAUUUUAUUUUUUUUUUUAAAAAAAACCUAGUUUUUGUUAAACCCAUCAACUGUCCCUUUACCUUGCAUCAGAAACAAGUCCGACUGAACUCAACCUUGCCGGAAAACCCUAUCGGUGAAGGUAGCCACCGCCGCCGUUAAAAACCGUCAUCCAGAUUUUCCCUUUACCUUGAACCAGCAAUGAAAGUCAAAGUUAUAUCACGCUCUGCAGAAGUUUUCACUCGAGAACGAAGCCAAGACCUUCAGCCUGUGUUUAAAAAUUAUGAUCCAAGUCUUCGUCCUCUAGAGAAGGGAGUGGAGUAUGUUCGUGCUCUUAAUGCAGUGAAGUUGGACAAAAUUUUUGCAAGACCUUUUAUAGGAGCAAUGGAUAGUCAUGUAGAUGCUAUUUCGUCUAUGGCGAGAAACCCUAGUCAGUUGAAAGAGAUAUUCGCUGGUUCAAUGGAUGGAGAUAUUCGUCUCUGGGAUAUAUCUGCUAGGCGGACCAUUUGUCAGUUCCCUGGUCACCAAGGUGGCGUGCAAGGCCUGACAGUAUCUACUGAUGGACGCAUUCUUGUUUCAUGUGGAACUGAUUCCACUGUCAGACUUUGGAAUGUUCCCGUUUCUUCUUUUGUGGACCCAUAUGCCUUAAUUAAGCAACUUGAGCCGGCAAGUGUUUAUCCUUGGAAGAAUGCAUUCCGUGCUGCUGAUCACCAGUGGGAUGGCGAGCAUUUUGCCACAGGUGGCGCGCAAGUAGAUAUAUGGAAUCAUAACAGGUCUCAGCCAGUAAAUAGUUUUGUUUGGGGAUCAGAUACGGUGAUUUCUGUCCGCUUUAAUCCGGGAGAACCAAAUCUGUUGGCAAGCUCAGCUAGUGACAGGAGCAUAAAUCUGUAUGAUUUGCGCAUGGAUUCCCCUAUUAGGAAAAUGAUAAUGCAGACCAAAACCAAUUCUAUAGCUUGGAAUCCCAUGGAACCAAUAAAUUUUACAGUUGCAAAUGAAGAUGGUAGCUGCUACAGUUACGAUUCCAGGAAAUUAAGCGAAGCCAAAUGUGUUCAUGAAGAUCAUGUUUCUGCUGUAAUGGAUAUUGACUACUCACCAACUGGCCGCGAAUUUGUUACUGGAGCUUAUGAUAAAUCAUUGAGAAUCUUCCCUUAUAAUGGUGGUCACAGCCGGGAGAUUUACUCUACUAAAAGAAUGGGCAGGGUAUUCUGUGUCAAGUUCAGCGGUGAUGGAAGUUAUGUGAUUUCGGGAAGUGAUGAUGCUAACCUCAGGGUUUGGAAGGCCAAUGCAUCAGAACAACUUGGAGUAAUUCUCCCAAGGGAAAAGAAGAAGCACCAAUAUAACGAGGCCAUAAAGAAACGCUACAGACACCUUCAUGAAAUUAAGCGUAUUGCAAGACAUAGACACGUGCCAAGACCAAUAUACAAAGCUACUAAGCUUAUGCGUAUUAUGGCUGAUGCUAGGAAAAGAAAGGAACAGAGAAGGAAAGAUCACAGUGCCCCAGGAAGUGUUACAACAAAGCCAAGACGUAUAAGAAAAAUUAUCAAAGAAGUUGAGUGAGAUUUUUCCGAGCCAAAGCAUGCUGAAAAAUGUGAUAUAUAUUUAUGAAGUGGCAAGAGUUUCUAUACUGAUUUAUUAGGCAAAUGGAUGUAAAGUAUGCAACAUUGGUGAAAAUCAAUAGCUAGUUUUCUGAUGUUUUACUUCUUGGUGAAGUUAUCUGACCAAUGCAAGAAAUUUUGGUGUAUUCUUGAGUUUAUUAGUAUACUUGAUAUUUUUAAGUUCAAAUUAGUAAAUGUGAUGAAAUAUAACACUAUUGAACUCUAACAAAAUCUUCAAUUCAAUCUAAAGGGAUUUGAAGAGAUAUAUAAUUGAAAUGAUACUUUUACGUCGUUCA